AUGCAUAUGCGAAGAUCGUACCGCAAGAACAGGGACGAGGAUGUCUGGGCACUGGUAGCAGCGACACCCAGCAGCGACACCCAGCAGCGACACCCAGCAGCGACACCCAGCAGCGACACCCAGCAGCGACACCCAGCAGCGACACCCAACAGCGACACCCAGCAGCGACACCCAGCAGCGACACCCAGCAGCGACACCCAGCAGCGACACCCAGCAGCGACACCCAGCAGCGACACCCAGCAGCGACACCCAGCAGCGACACCCAGCAGCGACACCCAGCAGCGACACCCAGAAGCGACACCCAGCAGCGACACCCAGCAGCGACACCCAGCAGGGACACCCAGCAGCGACACCCAGCAGCGACACCCAGCAGCAACACCCAGCAGCGACACCCAGCAGCAACACCCAGCAGUGACACCCAGCAGCAACACCUAG